AUGCCCCCAAAACGCACUCAUGCUCACGACGAGGCGCACACCUCACUCAAGGACAAACUGCAGAGCCUCCAGGGCUCCAACGCGCGGGGCGGCCGUCGUAACGGUGGGCCGAAUGUCGCAAAUGGCAGUACUCUGAAGGAAGUAGACAAUGCUUCUACCCACAGCGGCCAGACUUCUACCGAUCUCAGCUCCUCAGGAAACAUCAAAUGGUCAUCGCAAGACCCGUCCGUCCUCCAAGGCUACCGAAGAGCCUAUCGCCUCGACUGCCCUUCCAGCUUCAAGAACCCGCUCAGCCACGUCGUACUGAACCAGGGCAUUGGACGAAUGUCUCCGACCAUGGCCCGACCCAAGGGAAAACGACGUGUUCACAAGGACCAGCUCGGCAUGGCUGUCAAAAAGAGCUUCAACUCUCAGGCUGUCACCGAGAGUGACGUGAUUGUCGACUGGCUGUACAAGUCGAAACACCAAGACAAUGAGUUUAGAUUGUCAAUUAUCGGCUUAUACAUCACUGGACGAAGCGGAGAGCGAGAAGCAGCAUCAACAUACCCAUUGCCCUCCCCAGAUCAUUUCAAGAUGAGUUUUGCUGGUCCCAUGCCGCUCAAGGCGGUAGCUCCUGCCUCAAGAACACAAUCGCGAAGACCUUCUAUCGCACCGAAGCAGCAAGCCCACAAUGCACAGUCAAUACGGUUCUUCCACGCCUCUUCUCCGUCCUUCGCCAUGGCCGACCCGUACAAGACACUCGGCGUCAGCAGAGAUGCAUCCGCUGCCGACAUAAAAAAGGCCUACUAUGGUAUGGCGAAAAAGUACCACCCCGACACAAACAAAGACGCCGGUGCGAAGGAGAAAUUCGCUGCCGCACAAUCCGCAUACGAAGUCCUCUCAGACGCUGAGAAGAAGAAGGCCUUUGAUUCGUACGGCGCCGGUGCUUUCGAUGCAAACGGCGGCUUCAACCCUGGGGCCAGUGCAGGAGGACCAGGAGGAAACCCGUUCGGAGGAGGCUUCGGCGGCUUCGGCGGGUUUGGUGGUGCCCAAGGUGCGGGAGGAUUCCAGGAUAUCAAUUUCGAAGACUUGUUUGGAGCAUUCACGGGUGGGCGACGAGGAAGAGGGGGAGGUGGGAGAAGGAAUCCCUUUGAAGAAGAAAUCAUGGUGGGCGACAACAUCGAAGUGCAAACAAACAUCUCAUUCUUGGAUGCGGCCAAGGGCGUCAAGAAGGAUAUUCACAUUUCCCCCAUGGCAGAGUGCGGGACAUGUAGUGGCAGUGGUCUAAAGCAGGGUGCUAAGAGAGCAGAAUGUAAGAGCUGUGGAGGUACUGGACAAAGGGUGACGAGCAUGGGUGGCUUCCAUAUGAGCGCAACCUGUUCAUCUUGCGGAGGAUCCGGAUUUGCGAUACCUAGAGGCUCGUCUUGUGGCACUUGCGGCGGCGAUGGAGCAGUCAAAGACCGGAAAACCAUCACUAUCGACAUACCUGGUGGCGUGGAGGACGGUAUGCGGUUGCGCGUUAAUGGCGAAGGAGAUGCACCGUUGACAGGUCACGCCAUGUCUUCUGGCUCCGUCCGCGGCCAGAAGGGAGAUCUCUACGUCCUGAUUCGCGUAGCAAAUGACUCGAAGUUCAAGCGUAAUGGCUCGGAUAUCCUUCAUACCGCUACCAUUCCAUUCACCACUGCUGUCCUCGGAGGAGAGAUUAAAGUCCCCACGCUCGACGGCGAAGUUAAAGUCAAGGUUCCUACUGGAUCUGGAACUGGCGAUCGCAUCACACUUUCUGGCAUGGGCAUGAAGGUGCUCUCGGGCCGACGUGGCGGCAAGGGCGAUCUGCGUGUUGAGUUCAAGGUCAACAUGCCCAAGUAUCUCAGUGUCAACCAGCGGACAAUUCUUGAGAUGCUAGCGGACGAGAUGGGAGACAAGAGCGCGCAACGCGUCAUCAACCCCGGGAAGAUGAAGGAUGAACAUGGGAACAGCGUAGGAGACGACCACUCGAAUGAGGGCUUCCUGAAGAGCGCGUGGCACAACCUCACGGGACAGCACAAGCACCUGGAUCCAGAGGAGAGGAGGAAGGCGGAAGAAGACGAGAAGAAGAAAGGAUCUGGCUGA